GCCCCGAGGCGGCCUGCCCUGCCACCGGCCAGCUGCGCCACGCUCCCCUUCCCUUCACCUUCAGCUCGCUGCCGCUGGCUCUACUUCACAGCAUCGCCACCUUCAUUUGUGAGCGCCCUGCUUCGCCUGCAUCGCCACUCACCAGUUCCUUUGAGGUGAAAGCGCUCCGGCUGGUGGCUAGCGAGAUGGCCGGGGGAAGAGGCGGUGCAAGGCGAGGCGCCGUCGCCGUCGCCGCCGCGGCGCUCGCCGUCGCGUGCUGCUGCGUGGGCGUCGCCAGCGCGGCCACCUACUACGUCGGCGACGUCGGCGGCUGGUCCCUCAGCAGCGGGAGCUGGCCCAACGGGAAGCAGUUCCGUGCCGGCGACGUCCUCGUGUUCAAGUACAACCCGCUGAUGCACAACGUGGUGGCGGUGGGCGAGGACGGGUACAACGGGUGCACCACGCCGGCGGGGUCGAGGACCUACGAGUCCGGCAACGACGCCGUCACGCUGGCCAGGGGCGCCAACCGCUUCAUGUGCACCCGCUUCUACCACUGCAACUUCGGGAUGAAGAUGGUCGUCAACGCCGCCUGACCGCCUGCACCGCCAUGUUUAUCAAGCUCAAGAAAAGUUAGGCUCUCCUCUGUUGCAUUUGGUCGCCAUGAGGGUUGGUUUGGUUUGCAGUUCUAGCUAGCUGUGGGUGAUAAUGGGACUUUGUGCGAGUGUUUGACGACUAUCUUCGUGUGCUGUGUUGACUCUGACGGAUUGUGUUCGUUCUUAUUAUUUGUGAUGAAUGGGAAGUUCAAGUUCAUGUC